AUGCAACUCAUAACUAACAACACAAUACACACUGCAAUGCUAAGAAAAUCCACAACUAGACGGUUAAACCUCUUAUCGCACGCCAUUGGAAUAUACCUUACCUUUCUCGGAUCUAACCUGCUGCAAGAACGGAUAAUAUCACCAGACAAACCAGAUUCGUUCAAUAAUUACACAUUUCUGGCCUUCAUACAGUACUUAACGUCGUCCCUGUUUGCAUUUUUCCUGCUUAUUGCCAUGAAAAUGCCUAUCGAAGAGAAAAGGGGCAGUUCGCUCUACUCGUACUUUGGAAUUGCGCUCGGAAGAUUUUUGUCCAACCAACUUGGUCUGUGGUCUUUAAACUUUGUGAGCUAUCCCACGCUCAUUAUCGCCCGCUCGAACAAGCUCCUCCCGGUCGUUGUCACCAACUACUUCUUUUUCAACCUGAGAACAAGGCUCAAGAGGCUCAUCAAGAUUUUCUUCAUGACCCUUGGACUCUUCAUGUUCAUGUACUUCGAAAGCAAGAGACGAACGAACAAUGAAAACACGCUCAUUGGAACAAUUUUGUUGGUAUCAAGCCUGGUCGUUGAGGGCCUUACGAGCUCUAUGCAAGAAUUUACGUUCAAGAAGAGAAAGCCACACUUUCUCCGCAUGAUGUUCUUUUGCAGCAUAAUUUCGCUGAUUUUAUCUGCUCUGCUCAUAUUCCCACCAUUUUCUGACCAACUGACCAGCUCCCUGGCGAUUUUCCUCAGAAACCCACACUCGUUUUUUCUGAUAAUCCUUACGUCGUUUUUGAACGCCUGCGGACAUUGCGUGGUCUUUUCAAUGAUAAAAGAGCAUGGUGCACUGAGCUUGAUCAUCGUUACAUCGACACGCAAAAUGCUGAGUGUGGUCUUUUCGGUGCUUGUUUAUGGACAUAACAUAAACAUUCUGCAAUGGACAGGAAUACUCAUGGUAUUCGUUCCUAUGCUGAUAGGAGAUGGUAGGUAG